CAGAAAACGCCAUUUAUGUUUGUUUCGUCAACUAUAAUUUACUUACGUAUUCGAAAUAACCAUCUAGAAUUGAACAAUGAUUCGGAGCUUUGUGGUUUGUAUAGCUGUAGCUACUUUUUCUCGUUUCGAUUGCAAAACCGUUAUUCAUAAGUCCGAGGGUCCAGAUAAUAUUAUUGAAAACAUUCUUUCGCCACAAAACGAAACAACACCUGUUCUCGAGGCUGACAAUCCAGCGAUUAUCAAUGAUGGCAAAGUUAUUACACCACAGAAUAAGACAACGGAAUUCCAAAAAAACGUCACGUCCUCCAUCGUACAGAAAAAUGAAUCAGCUGUUGUCGAACACGAUCGUUUAAGAACUGACCGGAAACCUAAGACCCGUCAAGUGCCGUUAGACGUUCUAGAAGCGUCUGGUUCCACCAUGGUGGAUGACACGAAUGCCGACCAAUCAUACUACCAAAGUCCUUUAAUGGUGUAUCCGUUUCCUAUGAUGAACACAUACUAUCCCAGAUACUUUCCGUAUACGUACCCAGGAUACCAGGGAUAUCCAUUCUUUGGAUAGUGAUUAAUGAUUAUAAAAACAACGGUAUACUUACAUUUAAAAAAUAAAAUUAAUACCUAACUAUAAAACCUA